AUGCAGCAGUCUCCGACAAUUAGCUGCCCUCUCAAGACAACGACGGAAGUCGACUGGAUAACCCCGUUGAAAUCCUACAUUCGCACAACCUACGGCGAUCCCGAGAAGUACAGUGAGGAAUGCGCAACGCUCAACCGGCUACGGCAGGACAUGCGCGGCGCCGGCCGCGACUCCGCCGCCGGCCGUGAUCUGCUCUACCGCUACUACGGCCAGCUCGAGCUGCUGGACCUGAGGUUUCCCGUCGAGGAAAGAGGCGUCAGGGUGGGUUUUACCUGGUACGAUGCAUUUACACAUAAACAGACUUCACAGUACUCGCUCGCGUUCGAGAAGGCAUCGAUCAUAUUCAAUAUCUCGGCGGUGCACUCGUGUCAUGCGGCAAACCAGAAUAGGUCCGAGGAGCUUGGGAUAAAGACGGCCUUCCACUCGUUCCAGGCGUCGGCGGGGAUGUUUACGUAUAUCAACGAGAACUUUCUGCAUGCGCCCAGUACGGAUCUAAGUAGGGAGACGGUCAAGACAUUGAUUAGUAUCAUGCUGGCGCAAGCGCAGGAGGUGUUUUUGGAAAAACAAAUUGCGGACGGGAAGAAGCCGGGGAUGCUGGCGAAGCUCGCGGCACAGGCCGGGCUUCUGUAUUCUCAGGCAGUGGAGGGCGUCCAGGAAAACUCGGCGAAGGGCGUGUUUGAGAGGGUGUGGUUGAUUGUUGUUCAGGCAAAACAGUGCUACAUGGAGUCGCUCUCACAGCAUCUACAAGCCCUCGCGGAUACGGAUAACGGUAACUACGGACUUGCAAUUGCACGUCUACACCUCGCGGAGGACCUGGCAAAGGAUGCGCUACGGUUUUCUCAGUCGUUCCCAAACUCGCCGUCGGCGACAUCUAACCUGUCCGCCGAGACCGGCCCCGCACUGGUGCAAAUGACGAAGAGACAUCUUUCGCAGUUGCAAGAGAAGCUCAUGGAGCUUGUCAAGGAUAACGACUACAUCUACCACCAGACGGUCCCGGCAGAGACCUCAAUUCCCGUAAUCCCCAAGAUGCCCGCAGCCAAGGCCAUUCCCGUCCAGGAGCUCUACGCCGGCGCAGACAUCAACCGCAUCAUCGGCCCCGAUAUUUUCCAGAAGAUCGUACCUAUGAGCGUCACCGAGAGUGCCUCGCUCUACGACGAGGAAAAAGCUAAGCUCGUCCGUGCUGAGACCGAAAAGUGUGACCUGGCAAACGCGGAGAUGGUCGCAGCUCUCGAUUACCUGAAGCUGCCUGGAUCCCUCAAACUGCUCAAGGGCGGGUAUGAGAAUGUAAUUGAGGUUGACGAUGACUUCCGCACAUGGUGCGACGACAUCGCGAAUAAACCCGAGAGCCUCGAGACCCGGUUUGCAGGGCUUAAACGUGACAAGAAACGCAUUGUUGAAGUGCUAGAUAAGUCAUGUAAGAGCUUGGACCAGGAGGAGAGUGUCUGUGAGAGGAUGAGGGCGAAGUAUUUUGAUGACUGGACGCAGCAGCCUUCAAGCCGAUUAACACAAACGUUAAGAGGCGAUAUCAGGAGCUAUAGGGAGGCCAUUGAGGCGGCCGUCGGGAGCGAUAAUCAGUUGUUUACACAGUACCGCACAGUCAGGGAGGAUAUCGAGGAGAUGAGAAUUGCUGGAGAGAGGGCUGAAGAGGGCACGGUAGACGAUCUAUGGAUCGCAAAGGCUAGGGGCCAGCAGAGUAAUGGUUAUGAUAAUAGGGGUGGGGAGACCCUGCUGGAUGUGGAUGAUGGUGAAAGCGGAACGUCGGUCAUGGAACAGAUCGAGAGGGUGGAGGAACUUCUUAAGAGGAUGAAUAUGAUCAAGAGGGAGCGGGCACAGGUCUUGAAGGACCUGAAGGAUAAGAUUCAUAACGAUGAUAUAUCAAACGUUCUGAUCCUUAAUAAGAAAGCUAUACAGAAUAUAGAACCCCAGCUAUUUGCGACAGAGCUGGAAAAGUUUAGGCCGCAUCAGAACCGCCUGCUGCAGGCUGCUCAUAAGCAGUCGGCCUUAAUGAAGGAUCUUACUGCCGCCUAUGGUGACCUUCUACAGGACAAGCGUAUCAGGGCCGAGCAGUCGAAAUACGAGGCCUUAUCACGCCAGAGAAAUGCUGUACUCUCAAAAUUCAAAAAGACCUACCAGGCCUUCCUUGACGUCUGGGCUGGCCUCGAUAAAGCCCGACAGUUCUAUACAGAAAUGAUGGAGACCGCCGAGAGCCUCGACAAGAAUGUCGAGACCUUUGUCUCUAAUCGACGUGUCGAGGGUGCUCAACUUCUCAGCCAAAUUGAGCAGCAAAAGGGCUCAGAUAUUGAUCAGCGCAAGCUUCAAGGCAUGAUGGAGCGGAUGACCGUCGGUAGCCAAUCCGAGCCUCCUGGGUCGGCAAAGCUCCCGUCGAAGCGUCCCGCCCCAUUAUCAAAUAACGUCUCUCCACAUACCCCUCACCCUACCUCUGCCGGCGCGCUAGGAAGUCCACCUGGCACUCCCCGCUAUGCACCACACCAGUACAGCGGAUACCCGACACCUACGCCGCCACCUCCCCCGCCGCCCCCGCCAACCGGAUACACAGGGUACCAGUACCCCCCUCCACCCAACGGUUAUCCACGCCGCGAGUCAUACGGCCAGCUUCCGGGGCUGCCCAGGCGCGAUAGCUACCAGCAGGCACAACCAAUGGCACGUCGGGACUCACAGCUGCCCACGUCUCCACCGCCAUCUGGCGCACAGCCACAGCAGUACCAUCCUGGACACUUCUCGAGUCCUCCCACUAUGUAUACCGGCGGAGGUGCGGGCCAGAACUACCCGUAUAACCCGCAGACAUAUGUGCCGCCACCCCCACCACCUGGACCACCGCCGGGACAGGCCCAGAGACAGAGCUUCACGGCCCUGCCGCAAACAGUGUAUCAGCCGCAGCAGCAGCCAGGCACGCCCGGCCAGCAGCAGCAGGGACAGGUGUAUCAGCAGUAUCAACAGCCGCAGCAGCAACAGGGACAGCAGGGAGAUCCGUGGGCGGGCUUGGCAGGGUGGAAGUAG